UGGAGCGAGUGGCAUCCUCGCCGCUGCUGCGCAGUUGCAGACAAGAGAUGCACGCGCCGAAGUCUCGCCGCCUUUUUCUCCCCUCCUCCUUCUCUUCCCGCGCUCGAUCGCCUUCUCUCAUCGGUUGAAUGACUGGGAUCUGAGGCGACUAAUACGCGAACUCUGCUUAUUUCGCUACGUGCAGACCGAUAUCGGCGCCGUUGUAGGGGCGUGUUUCAUCAGACCUUGGUUCCAUUCCCAGGCCUUUUUGGGUUCCUAAAAUUGAGUUAUACUGAAGCAGGUUGCUUUUAUCAUGGAUAAGAUCCAACCAGAUUGCCCUUAUCCAGGUUGCUUCUUCUGUGUCAUGAAGGAAACCAAUCCCAGCAAGCGCAGGUUGAGUAUCCUAAAAUUCUUCAGAGAACUUCCUUCCCAGGACGAUGAUGGCCAAGUUCUUCCUAUUAGUGGUCUGUGGAACAGUGCAAUGGCUCAUCCAAAUGAUCCAGAGUUCAUCAACUUAGGAAUCUUUGAAUGCAUGGCAGCAUUGAUCUGGAAAGGCUUAAAGAAUAGGCGUUGGCUUUCAGAUGACCAGAACAUCUAUAUCCCAUACUAUGCUGCUCAUAUAAUUGGGUCCUACACAAUGAAUAUGGAAGAAUUCACUGAGAGAGCAGUUCAUGCGAUGGUUAUUCCUCCCUUGGUCGAGCUUCUAAGUGGUAGAUUGACUUGGGUCGAGCAAAGAGUAGCAGUAAGAGCACUGGGGCACUUGGCAACUUAUCCUAGUACUUUUCCUGCAGUUGCGAAUCACCAUGAAGUCCUGGAGCUUGCCAUUCAGCUCGCAUUAAGUUCUCUAGAGAUUGUCUAUUCACAUUUUUACCAGUUUGUGGAUCAGAGGAUAAGCUAUCAUUGUGAUUUGCUUACGCGUGGUAUGGGAGGUGUCGAAAUGGAGUCCAGGAAGGCAGAGGAAUGGGCUAGCCAGUUACAAUGCUGGUCUCUUCAGCUUAUUAACUGCUUUGCUUUUAAGCCAGAGUUUCUUUUUGACAUAUGCAAGCCAGAGUUUUUGGCUAAAUUGCCAGGCAUGUGGGGAGGACUGGUUAACGAGAAUUCACCUGCAGGUAUUGGUUUGCUGCGGACAAUUUGUCAACACAAGCUUGGCAGGGGUCCUGUUGCCAACUGUCCUGGUAUUGUUAAAGCACUGUGUAACAUUGCUCGGUCGUCCGAUGACUGGCAGUAUAUGGCUAUUGACUGUCUUCUUUGGUUACUGCAAGAUCAGAAUACUUCAAACAAGGUGAUAGAUAAAGCAGCUCCAGCACUCACAGAUUUAGCAGAACUUAGUGUUCUCGGGGACCAUAAACGAUUAGGAGACACCAUUGUUAACAUCCUCCAAGAAUGUUUGCAAGCACAAGGGACAUCUCAUAGCUACAUCAGUCCUCGUACGCAAGAACUAAUUGAUGAGCUUUUGAGCUCGAGGCAGAGACUAAAGUGGGAAAAGACCAUGCCGAAGGAGGAUCUUCAAAUCAAACAAGCUGCCGCAUUAGUUGUUAAACUUGAAGGGAAUUCUUUAUUCUCCUCAGGAGACAUAUCAGGGGCUGCCUCAAAGUACUCAGAAGCAGUCGCAUUGUGCCCCAUGAAGUCGAAGAAGGAGAGAGUUGUACUGUACAGCAACCGAGCUCAGUGUCAUCUUCUCCUGCAGCAACCACUGGCUGCUAUUAGUGAUGCUACACGAGCUUUAUGUCUGCACAAUCCUCCUAAUCGGCAUGCGAAAAGCCUCUGGAGGAGAGCACAAGCUUAUGAUAUGCUUGGGUUAGCAAAAGAGAGCUUGUUGGAUGCCAUUCUUUUCAUCGAUGAGUGCUCGGAAUGCAAGAAUCCUGAUCUUUCGAUGAGGCACAAUAAGGUACCUGACUAUGCCGAACGGUUGGUGAAGAAACAGAUGCGUGAAGCAUGGCUGUUUAGGGAGGCAGCCAUGAAGCAUGGUGGUAUCGACACUGACGGUGUAAAUGAAGAUGUCUUGGAGCAAGAUGCUGAAGACUCAGAGUGGGAUACUGUGAGUGACAGUGAUGUACAAAAUGAUGGAAGGGAAGCAGUUGAUGACGAUGAAGAAGAAGAUUAGAAAACCAAGGCAUCUGUGAAGUUACGCCUGAGCCGGUAACUACAAAAGGUAAAGCUUAUUUUUUGAUUGGUUUAAGCAUUGAGUAUUUCGAUCCUCAUCUGAAAGUUGAAUUGCCCUAGAAUCUAUCUUGUCCUUAGAGAACUGUUAUGGAAGCUACCCUCUGUUUCAUGUUGUUCUAUUGGAUCUUUAUAGCGUUCAGUUUCAUUGUGUGCGUGUUUGUAUUCA